CCUCACGGCGCCAUAUUAAAAUGCUCCCUCCUCUUUCCCUGUGAGAUCGUAGCUUAGCAGCAGCAGCUAGCCACCAGUCAGAUUUUUACAUCCUCAAGACUGACAGAGGGCAACGACGUGAUGGAAAUUGACUCGCUUCAAGAGGCGCUCAGAGAUUUCGAUAAGACCGCAAAGAAGGAGGCAUGUCCUCUUCUGGAACAGUUUCUAUGUCACAUUGCCAAGACUGGAGAGACCAUGGUUCAGUGGUCUCAAUUUAAGAACUACUUCCUGUUUAAAUUGGAGAAGGUGAUGGAUGACUUUAAAGCCUCCGCACCUGAACAAAGAGGUCCUGCAAAUCCCAACGUGGAGUCCAUUCCAUUUGAAGAUAUGAAGGAGAGAAUCUUGAAGAUUGUGAACGGAUACAAUGGACCAGGAAUGUAUCUGAAAUCACUCCCAAUUUACUAUGUCGUGCACUAUAUAUUUACCCAAUUUUAUUGAGUGUCUGAAUUCUUAGUGUCAAAUUGUCCUACAUAGUGCCCUGCAAUAUUCCUGCAGUUGAACCACUAAAUAUCCUACAAUACAAUGCGUUUUAUAGUAGAUGCAAGAAUGCUGAUACUUAACACCUGUCAGUGGUUGUGCAAAAUAAUGAUGAAUUAUAAAUGUCAUAAAUCUCAAUUUAUUUAAGCUUAGGGCUGUCGCGAUUACCGCAAAAUGGUGAAGGGGGUGGUGCCAGCGACGCAAAGGCAACGCAAAGGCCUUUUGCCUUCAAUGGGGCGGCUGUGGCUCAGGAGGUGGAGCGGGU